AUGCCCGGUGCCAUGUCUACACCAUCCAAACCGACCGCGCCGGCAUUCACAAGAUGGAGGCCUAAGUUCCAUCUCCUCGCACCCAGUAACUGGCUCAACGACCCCUGCGGCCCUGGCUACGAUCCCUGCACAGGAAGAUACCACCUUGCGUACCAAUGGAAUCCUAAGGAUAACGAAUGGGGCGACAUCUGCUGGGGUCGCGCAACGUCAUGCGAUCUAGUCUCAUGGGAAAUCGACCCAGAACCCUGUCUUGCGCCGUCUGCACCCUACGACAGCAAAGGGAUCUUCACAGGAUGCUUCCAGUCGACCAACCUCCAGGGCCAGCAAGACGGCACACUUACUUACUUCUACACUUCUGUAAAAAGCCUUCCAAUUCACUAUACCCUUCCUUACUCGAACGGAUGCGAGACCCUGAGUAUCGCGCUGUCCCGAGAUGCAGGACGCACGUGGGAAAGACACGCGCAGAACCCCAUACUCCCUGGCCCACCGGCCGGUUUACAGGUCUACGGCUGGAGAGACCCGUUUGUAUGUUCCUGGCCAUCUGCACCGGAGAGUGUCCGUGAGGCGGCGCGGCAAGUGGUAGGGGAAGGGGACGUCAUGUACGGGUUCAUCUCGGGUGGUCUAGUCAAUAAAACGCCGACGGUCUUUGUGUACGCGAUUACACGAAACACUCUCACAGAGUGGAAAUACGUCGGGAUCCUCCUGGACGUCGGGCUCAAUUAUACCCUGUCCCGCUGGUCCGGCGAUCUCGGUGUGAACUGGGAAGUCUCAAAUCUCGUCACGUUGACAAACAAGGAAGGCACUUCACGCGAUUUUCUAAUCAUGGGCGUGGAGGGAUGCAUUCCGAGCCCAGACCCAAAUCGCCCAGCCGCCCGAGAUCGCCGCAUCCAACGCUCCCAGCUCUGGACUUGCAUCAAGCAAAACGAAACCCGGGGCCAAACACAGACUGCUUUGAUGCAAACCUCCUUCGGUGGCAUUUUCGAUAGUGGACUUUUCUAUGCGGCUAAUUCCUUCUUCGACCCCGUCACCCAGCGACAGGUCGUGUUCGGUUGGAUCACAGAGGAAGAUCUGCCCGACACGACGCGGAAAGAGCAAGGAUGGAGCGGGCUGGUCUCGUUGCCGCGCACGCUUACACUUCAGACGAUUCACUGCGUAAAGCGCGCGCGCUCAACGACUUCAUUAGGCGACAUUACCUCCGUCGAAGCCGUACCGGAUGAGCAGGGGACGUACACCGUUCAUACGCUGGGCGUGGAGCUUGAUCCACGUGUUGAGGAGUUGCGGAAAGGUGCGAGGGUACUUACGCGUGAGGCCUUGGAUUUGUCCUUUAAUGUCGACGAGGCGGGUACGGUUAUGGCAGCGACCACAAGUACACAGAGCAGCGGCUGCUUUGUCCCCUUGGACACGACGAGGUGGGAGGUUGAUGCGGAGAUUGCGGUUGGAAGGAAAUGUAGCCGGGUUGGAAUGGUUAUUUUCCACGACGAAGAUUACACUGCCAAAACGACUCUUUUCUGGGACCCUGUGCAUGAGACAUUCCAGGUUGAACGUCCACGUCCAUCUAAUAUCAACCCCGACAUCAACCACGCCCCAGAAGUCACCCCGCAUACACUAUUCACAUACACUAACCCAGCCACGACCACCAACGACAACACCGCGUCAGAAAUAGAAACAGAAGAACCCCUGCGCAUCCAUGCUCUCUUCGACAGUAGUGUGCUUGAGGUCUUCGUUAACGGCCGCACAGCGAUAACCACUCGGAUUUAUCAUUCCGGGGGCCGAACAAAAACUGAUGGUCCCAAAUGUGUUGGGGUUCAAUUUUUCGCAGAUGCUGAGAAUGCAGGCUGUGAUGCUGAUGCUCAUGCUCAUAGUGGGGGUGGAGCUGGAGGUAAAGAGGCGCCAGCGAGACUCAUCCAUGCUACAAUUUGGGAUAGUUUGGCUUGUUUAUAGAAUUGAAUAGAA